GUAAAAAUGAAAAUACUUAAGAAAAAAGGUCAAUGAUUCAACCACCAUUGGUAAUGUGGUACUCGAAGUCUUGACGCCGGACUCCACCUGACGUCAAGGACUUCAAGUUGUUGCCAUCACUGAUCUGUUCCUGCGUACUUGGACUCCGGACCCUCUUGGGUUUUAUUACUAGUGAACUGCUGCUUAUUUCCCUACAAAUUGUAUUCCCCACCCACGUUCCGUCUACUUCCACUCUGACGCCUGGAGUGUAAUUGCACUUCUUUCCUAUCCUUUCUUUACUGCCUCUGGGGGUAGAAUGUAACUUUCCUCCUACUCCUCUUCUUCUUCAGCUACCCUAUCAGGUAGAUAUCAGAGAGGCUGCAAGAACCCUAAGUUGGUUAUGGAGUGGGAUCCAGACCAAUAAUCAAUACAUUACGCCCACGAACCGGAAAUUCAAGAGCUCAUACUCCUUGACUGGCAACAAUUGUGAGAAACAAUCAAAAAAGAAGUGACGCGCAAAAGGAAACAAAAAUAGAACAUAUUCAUCACUGGAUCUCACGGAUCAUCUCCCGUUAUUGUGAAUUUACCGGAAGUCUGCGGAGUUGAUCCAACCCCCUCAACACCAACUUUCGGAACAGGCUGCCCGUUAGAUUCUCUCCAAUUUUACUAUAUCUGGUCGGAUACUUGCAAAACCAAAAGAAAGAAAGGGAAAAUUACGCUAGAAGAACCAUGUGUCGCCAAUUCUUCACUAUCUAUGGAUGGUGUCACUGCGAAGAGGAUAACGGCCACGAGCUUUGCGCAGCUCGCAGGCGAGACAUGUGUCCAGGGACAUCAAUAGAGACAGUUCAUAUGCAAUGCUUCUGCAAUCAUCACGCCAGCAAAGGGUUCAAAUCCGAGAAAAAGGCUCAGAAGUCAACCUCGAUCGACGAAAAGCGCUCGUUCGCUCCGCGGAAGAAAUGGUAUCAGAUCUGCGGAGCACGGUCACGGACUUAUUGAUGUGCUUUUUUUCUUUUAACUCUCUCCCUUUAUGGUGUCAUAUGCAGAUGAAUGGCUGGUUUCUUUUGUCCUUGCAUUGUGGAAUUCUUACGUCUAGGUUCGGGAUGGGACUAUAUUUCUUUUCUCUCUUUGGGUCAUUCGGUACGGGUGUUUUGGUCAGGCCUUAGGCGUUCCUUUGGUAGUGGUGAGGGAAGGGUGUUGUUAUUCUCAUCCUUCUGAUGUAAUUUGCUAUUUAUCGCUUCGUGUUUAUGUGCAGACUCCUUUCUCUCUUGGGAAUAGAACCUGUCGGAUAUCAAUCAUGGUCUAGGCUAACGCUGGUUAAGUGUAGCGGAUUUAAUGGCAUGUCUGCUGGAGUCUCUGUAUAGAGUGGAUGAAUAUAGUAACAUGACUGAUUAUGGCCAUUGCUUUGGACGGGUCACUAUACGAAACAAUAAUAAAUAUCAAAAGGGAAUAUCAAAUGCAAGAGAGGCGCCCUGAUUCCUUUAUUAGAAGUUCCUUCACAAUGGCUGACCACUUAUAGUCCCCUCAGGUAAUAUACCUAGUUUUUGGUUGUUAAUUUUCUGACUGAUUAACUCGAUUUGUUCCCUGAAGUGAGUGUUCAACUUGCCUUCGGAGAUAUUCGGAGAACUACACCACACAACCCUUGUUACUUUAACGGUAUCUUGUCUAUGUAUAGCUGCUGGAUGGGUUUACCGAUGUAAGCCCUAGUCAUGUCCUACUUCCC